AUGGAAUUAUCAACAAACACUAAACCAGUGAAACCCAACUCAAAUAUAUCAGAAAUGGUUUACAAAUUUGCCAAAGUUUGUAAAUUGAAAUCUAUUGGGGUUUUCUCAUCUGAAAUCCCUAAUCUUCAACAUUUGCAUAAACCCUUUUUCAAUGAGGUGCUUCUGAGUGGAAAUAGUAGUGAAGAGAUCAAAUGCAAUGAUAAAAAAGUUCAUGCUCAUAACAUUGAAGUGAAAAUCAAAGAAGAUGCUAAUGGUGAUUUGGUGAUCUUGAAUAAGAUAUUUGAUUCUGUUUUAGAUUUGAAAUUUGCAUAUCUUAAGCUUCAACAAGCUCACAUCCCUUAUGAUCCGAAAAAGAUUGUUGCUGCUGAUGAUCUUGUUGUUGCUGAGAUUGAGAAGCUUUGCAAGUUCAAGAGUGAGUAUAAGGAGAAGGAAUCUAAGAAGGCAAUUAUCAAUGCUCAACUUUCUGAUCUUUUGCUGAAAGAGAUUGUCGUUAAAGAAGUUUUUCUAGGGAAACUUAAGACUCGAAAAAGUGGGAAAGAUUCAAAGCUUCUUCGGUUGCGGCGAUUGCUUCAUGAUUUGGAAAUAGGGAACACAAAUCUGAAUGAGAAAAUCAGACAGUUAAGGUUAGAGGAUAGGAAAAAAUCAAGUGUUUUGAGUGUUGAUAAGUUUCAAGAUGUGUUUAAGACUGCUUCAAAAUCUAUUCAUGAUUUCACGAAACCGUUGAUUAGUUUGAUGAAAGCUUCCGGAUGGGAUCUUGAUAUGGCAACAAAGUCGAUUGAAAGCGAUGCUGUUUAUUCGAAAAGAUGCGACAAGAAGUAUGCUUUUGAGGCCUACAUUGCGCGAAGAAUGUUUCAUGGUAAUGCAUUAACUUCUUAUGAUGUGAGUGAUGUUCUGAAGUUUGAUGACCCAUUCGAAGCACUGAUGGAAAAUCCAGACUCAGAUUUUGCGAAAUUUUGCCAAGCAAAGUAUCUUCUGGUUGUUCAUCCUGAAAUGGAAGUGUCAUUCUUUGGCAGUUCAGAUUACCGAAAAUUCAUAAUGAGUGGCAAGCAUCCAAGAACGGAGUUCUAUCAAUUAUUUGCGAAAAUGGCGAAAUGGAUUUGGAUUUUACUAGGUUCUGCAGUCACAAUCGAUCCUAAUGCAACCAUGUAUUCUGUGAGCAGAGGAAGCAUGUUCUCAAGCUUGUACAUGGAAUCUGUUGAGGAAGAAAACAUGUUCGCGGUUCCUUCAGACGAAGAACGAGCGACCUAUAAAGUUCAGUUUAUGAUCAUGCCGGGGUUUAAAAUUGGACCAAUGUUUGUGAAGUCUCGAGUUUAUGUUUCACAAUAUCAUUCAAGCUCAAUGGUGGCUACUUUAACCGGUAAUUUGGCUAACAGAACCACAUAA